CAGAGAUGUCGGCGGCGAAAGCGGUGUUGGCGGCGGUGCGGCAGGGCUCUUUGCGGGGGAAGCUGGUGACGUCACCCACCGGAACCGCAUUCUGCAGUUUCCUGGGUAUCCCUUAUGCAAAGCCACCUGUGGGAUCGCUACGGUUCAAGCCGCCUCAGCCAGCAGAAGCAUGGACUGGCAUUAGGGAUGCGACCUCUAAGUGCCCAGUUGCUCCACAGAUCAACGAUAUAACGAACAAGUACGUCGGAAACGAGGACUGCCUCUUUCUCAAUGUUUACACACCAGAGUUACCAUCGGGAGCGAGUGAUGCCCUGAAGCCGGUGAUGGUGUGGAUCCACGGCGGGGGAUUCACGACGGGGUCUGGCGACGGCGACCUGUAUGGCCCUGACUACCUGCUGGCCCACGGCGUCGUCGUCGUGACCAUCAACUACCGCCUGGGUGUUCUGGGUUUCCUGAGCACUGGAGACUCCGUGGUGCCUGGGAACAUGGGCUUCAAAGACCAGUUGAUGGCUCUGCGCUGGGUAAAGGAAAACAUCGCUGCGUUUGGAGGAGACCCGGAGAACAUUACACUUUUCGGAGAGAGCGCUGGCAGCAGGUCUUGUCACCUCAUCAUGUUAUCUUCAGCUGCAGAAGGGCUGUUCCAGCGCAUGAUAUGCCAGAGCGCCGUGGCGUUCCGCGGCUGUCUGGUGCCCAUGGCGGAGCGCACGCACCGGCUGGCCCGCCACCUGGGUCUGCAGCAGGGGGCCUCGUCCCACCAGCUAGCGGACUUCCUCAGGGAAAUACCCGCCAAGGUGCUCGUCGAGCAGGCACCCAUGGCGUUCUCCGCACAGGACAAGGCAGCGCGAAAGAUGUUUCCUUUCCGGCCAACGCUGGAACCUGCCGACAGCGAGGAAGACGUCUUCAUGAGCGAAGACCCCUACGAUGUUCUGACAAGCGGACGAGCCCUCCCAGUGCCCACAAUAUUCGGCGUUAACUCGCAGGAGGGCUUUCUGUACGCUAAAGGGGUGAUGGGCAACGCGGCGGCGUGGCGCGACAUCGACGCUAAUUUCGACGUCCUGGUACCGGCGAGCGUGAGCGCCGAGAAGCACGAGCGGCCGGCCAUCGCGAGGGCCAUCCGCAAGUUCUACCUGGGGGACAGGCCGCUCGGCGACGACACCUUCCAGCAGUACUCGCAGGCGAGAGGUGACCCUGUGUUUCCGUACGGUGCGCAACAGGUGGCCAAGGUGCAGCUGGCUCUUGCCCCAUCUACGCCUGUCUACUUUAGCUAUUUCGACGUAGACGCCAAGUUCAACCUAUACAAACAGAUGUUAAAACUCCACAAAUAUCCAGGAGCUGCUCACGCUGACGACAUCGCCUACGUUUGGAAGCCAAGGUUCCUGAGAAUCCCCGAACCGACCUCCGUAGAAAGCCGUACCAUCGCCAGUAUGACCAAGCUGUGGACGAAUUUCGCAAAAACAGGAAAUCCCACUCCAGACCUGAAUGAGCCAGUGCUGGGUGUGUCAUGGCCAACUUUCAGCGUAGACAACGGGAAGUACCUGGAGAUCAGCAACAGUGGACUCGCCAUCAAGGAAAACAUGCUCAAGGACAGGAUGGACUUCUGGGAUGACGUGCACAAUAAGAGACUGUAUCUGCAGUGAGCGGCUGCAGUUUGGUGAUGCCCCUAACGACGUUGUCAUAUCGAGUACCUGAAAGCGAUUAUAGGAAUCAUUAGACAACUUUCAACAUCACCAAGGAGAAUAAAGAAGCAGUGCAUUCUUCGUCGUUAUGAAAAUAAAUACUAGUAGCUCCAGUUGAGUCUUUUUAAUAUAACAGCAAGAAACACGCAGCUACAGUUGUUACUUUGACCUAUUUUACACAACAUGUUCCACGUAAGACGCACGUGCUGCCUCCGGCGUUGAUCGGAGCUAUCGCCGCAUGACACUCUGGCCCAUUGUUGGAGCAGUCUGUCAACCGGCAAUAGACGUAGAUGUGAAGGAGUAGCCUUGGAACACGCCACUAGUAUUUGCUCACUGAGCUGUGGAAAAACAAAAUGAAACCGAAUGAAGUAACGAUAGAGCAUCGACAGGCCAAUUCAGAUACUAUUAUCCCACGUCAGUCCUGCAAGUGGCUACUGCAGUCUGUGCAUUAUUUCAAGACAGAUCUGAAAUACUUUCUGAUAUAACGUGACUGUACUUCAACAAUUAGAUACUGCAUGUAAAAGGUUUAUUGUAAAACUCACAGAGUUAAAGUCAUUAUCGAAGUAUAAUGAAGGCGUAAUAGAAAAUAUUAAAACUAAGAAAAGAUAAAUACAAAAAACAAGGGUUUUAUGGUGACUCAACCUAGAUUACAAGCUCAAUUCUGGUUAAAUACACAGUAGAUACUUGUAAAUACAAAAAUUUACGCAAAACUGCUGAGAAGAUGCACAAAUGCUAAAACAGGAGAAUACUAAAUAGUGUGUAAUGCUUUGAAAAUUACAGUAUAAUAAACGCUUAGCAAAGUGAAUGAGUAGAAUGGGUAGGAAAGUAUGUGAAACGUGUAUAAACUGAA